AUGGGCUCACGCCUGGAGAAGAACUCAGACUCGGUGCGCAAGCGCAUCGCCGCCCACACGUUCGAUGGCGAGGACGGCGAGGAGUAUGGCGGGUCUGCCUUUGGCGGCUUCACCGACUACUUCCGACGCAAGAAGAUCAAGCUGCAGAACCUCGACGCCGACAUGCGCGCCCGGGCAGGAGACAGGCCCAGCCUGUUCCGCGGUGUUGUCGCCCACGUCAACGGCUACACGCAGCCGUCGCUCAACGACCUACACACGCUCAUCGUCCAGCAUGGCGGCGGGUUCAUGCAGUACCUCGACGGCAAGACAGCCGUCACCCACAUCAUCGCCAGCAGCCUGACGCCGAAGAAGGUCAUCGAGUUCCGCCAGUACCGUGUUGUGAAGCCGGGGUGGGUGGUGGACAGCAUAGCGGCGGGCAAGCUGCUCCCGUGGAACGACUACCGCGUGGCCGACGAGGGCGAGAGGCAGAAAGUCCUGGCCUUCAACAACGGGACGGUGGUGAGCACGGUGAACAACAGACAGAGGGGCUACCGCGACCAGACCGACACCAGCUGGUACACAAGCCAGCUGCGUGCGAGUCCGGCUCCACCGCCUCCCACAUCACAAGCACCGAAUCGCUCGCGCCUCUCCCGGCUGGAGCUGCCCACCCCGGACGAUGACGCGGUCGAGGACCUGCCGCCCUCACACCAGCCGCAAGAGCUCUCGAGCGGCGAGGCGCCCAGAGCCAACGAGAAGGGUCAGAAUCUCGUGACGCCGCCAAAGACGAGCCCGACAGGCGCGCUUGAACCGUCUCCGGACGAGUUUGGGAACAUUGGUGACAUGGCCGACGAGCUGCACGACAGCUCGGACGCGGACCCUAUGCCAGCCAAACCGCAGCCGCGCAAGAGGAGGAAGUCUACGCCGCCUCAGGAUCGUAUUCACGCAGCCGAAGUUGCCGCGAAUCCUCGAAAGAUGCAGCUGACGGCGGAGGAGCACAACGCAAUCCUUCUGCGGGAUCCCAAGACGCGCAAGUCGACUGUUGUCGACCCAGACUUCCUUGAACAGUAUUACCGCGAGUCUCGAUUACACCACCUUUCGACAUGGAAGGCAGACCUGAAGUCCCAGCUGCAGGCUAUGGCUAGCGAGAAGACGGCAACACAGAAAGCGAAGCAGAAGCGCGUUCCUGGCGCCCGACGAUAUGUUCUGCAUGUUGACUUCGACAGCUUCUUCGCCGCCGUGAGCUUGAAGAAGAAGCCCGAGUUCAAGAACAAGCCGGCUGUGGUUGCGCACGGCCAAGGCAGCGGAUCGGAGAUUGCAAGCUGCAACUACCCUGCCCGCAAGUACGGUGUGAAGAACGGCAUGUGGAUGAAGCGUGCCAUGGAGCUGUGUCCAGAUUUGAAGAUUCUACCGUACGACUUCCCCGCCUACGAAGAAGCCAGUCGAGCGUUUUACGACGCGAUACUCGCAACUGGUGGCCUUGUUCAGAGUGUCAGUAUCGACGAGGCCCUGGUAGAUGUCUCAAACAUGUGCAUCGCGGUCGGUGGGAGCGAUGGUCGCCAGAUGAACGAGGGCGCCGUUUGCCGCGAGCAAGCCAAAGCUGACGAGAUCGCAAAGUCUUUGCGGGAGCAGGUCAAGCUUCAAACCGGCUGUGACGUGUCCGUCGGCAUUGGCGGCAACAUCCUGCUGGCCAAGGUGGCCCUGAGGAAGGCGAAGCCAGCAGGACAGCACCAGAUCAAACCAGAAGGGGUUCUGGACUUCAUCGGCCAACUUCAAGUGCAGGACCUCCCGGGUGUUGCAUGGUCGAUCGGCGGAAAGCUCGAAGAUGUCGGGGUCAAGCUCGUCAAGGACAUUCGCGAGCUCACAAAGGAGAGGCUCAUUCAGAUCCUUGGCCCGAAGACUGGCGAGAAGCUGUACGAGUACUCGCGAGGCGUCGACAGGCAAGCAGUGGGCGAGCAGGCGAUCCGCAAAUCUGUCUCCGCAGAGGUCAACUGGGGUGUUCGCUUUGCAACGCAGGAACAAGCCGAAGAAUUCAUCACAAGCCUUUGUGGUGAGCUGCAGAAGCGUCUACUGAAAGAGAAGGUCAAGGGCAAGCAGUUCACCAUGAAGAUCAUGCGCCGUGCAGCAGACGCACCCAUCGAGCCACCGAAGCAUCUUGGUCACGGGAAGUGCGACACGUUCAACAAGAGCCUGCUUCUCGGCGUCGCGACGAAUUCGAAAGAGGUGCUGACAAAGGAGGCCAUGGGCAUACUGCGAGGCUUCGGCUUCUCGCCUGGCGAGCUGCGAGGCAUUGGAGUCCAGCUGACGAAGCUUGAACCUAUGAAGAGUGCCACAGAUGGUAGUCUUGAUGGAUCUCAGCGACGUCUCCAGUUCAAGAUGCCCACCAAGCCAAUGAGUGCUCUCAAAGGCCCGGCUAGCAUCAUCGAGACGCCGAUCACCUUCGCUGACGCAGACCCGAUCCAAGACGACCCAGAAACACCACGCAAACCGAAGACUCCUGCGACUGCUGAGGACCAUGUCGCCUUCGGUGCUGCAGAGCUCAAUCACUCAACGCCCUCCCGUAGACCACUCAACAUGAUGGGCACGCAAUUCAUCAUGCCCACGCAGGUGGAUCCCAAAGUCCUUGCUGAGCUCCCCUCAGACAUUCGCUCCAAGCUGCUGCGGCAAACACGCCAAUCCUCACCCACGCCUGCAGCCCGUCAACCCAAACCCGCUGCUCUCCGAGCCGACUCCCCUAGUAUCCAUGCACCAGGCAGCCCAUCAACCCCAUCUCGGCGCCUACCCUUCGCCGCAACAGCGCUCCCCGCACAAUCCCAACUCGACCCCGAGAUCCUCGCCGCGCUCCCAUCCGAUGUGCGAGCCGAAAUCAUUUCUCACUACGGCGCAGCAGGCCUAACGCAAUUCUCCCCCUCCCGCCGCCCGCGCGGCGCAGACCAGACCAUCCUCCCCCAGAGCCCGCGAAAAAACCGCAUCAUCGGUAUUCCCGCAAAAAGGCCAGCGCAAAUCAAGCGCGGUCGCGGCCGACCCCCGAAAAGCGCCAUGUUGGCGCAGGCCGCCCAUAUGAAGUCCGUCUCCAAAGACGGCAAGACGUUGACGCAAGCGAAUUUCAUCAGCCUCAAGAACCCCGCUAGACAGCGCGGCGAGGAAGUAGCCGGUGAGGUGCAGAGAAAAGAGGAGGGGGAGUUGGAUCCGGAGUUUCUUGCUGCGCUGCCGGAGGAUGUCAGGAGGGAGGUCAUUGCCGAACACAAAGCAGCGAAACUCCGCGCCUUCCGUCUCGCGCUCCAGCGUCCACGGCCGGGGACGAGCAAAGCACCGACGCACCUGCCGAACGUUGGUGGAAACCAACACCAGCCGCCGGCUAAGCGCGUCGUCAAGGUCCCCAGACACGAGCAAGCAACGUUUACGAAGCAGAAGAUACAUAGAGAACCAGAUCUCCGCGCCGCGAUGAGGGACUGGGUCACUGAGUUCGCGGACGAAGGGCCGUAUCCCGAAGAUGUUGAUGCGCUGUCAAAGUACCUGGCUAGACUUGUGGCUGAGGAGAGGAACAUGAGGAAGUGCGUUGGUGUUGUCAAGUGGCUGGAGUAUGUCGUCGGUGGAAAUGGGGGUGGGGACGAGGGGCAGAAGUUGUGGGAGGAUGCUGUUGGGCGUGUCAAAGCGGGAGUGUGUCGGGCUGCAAAGCAGAGGGGGCUUGGGAGCGUGAACUUCGAUUGA